AUGUUAACUGAUAAUUGGAAAGACUUAGCUGUUAAGGCGCAAAAUAUUUAUAAAGACUCCUUGGCCAAGACUUUGGAAUUAUUCCCCUUUGACGAUGAAGAAACUUAUACCAUUUAUAAGUCCCUUCCAACUGCCAUUGGUGAAACAACCACUGAUUAUGGUAAACCUGCUCCAUAUCCCAUUGAAGUUUAUGCUGAGAAAUUGCCUGCCAAGGUGAAAGAAAUCACAGAAAAGGAUCCUAUUGAUUUAUUAAAAGAUUUGAAAGCAAAGAAAUAUACUGCAGUUGAAGUAUUGAAAGCUUAUUAUCAUGCCGCUAUAUUUGCUUCUAAAUUAACCAACUGUGUGUAUGAAUUCCUUCCUGUUGAAAGUUUAGCCUUUGCUAAGCAUUUAGACGCAAAUCAUGCUGAACUUUCCAAAACAUUCCCUCUUUUCGGAUUACCAAUCUCACUUAAGGAAAUGAUCCCAUUUAUAGGAAGAUCCGUCACUCAUGGUUCAUUAUGUUACUUAGAUAGAGUGGUCGAUUAUCAUGCUGAUAUCGUUAAUAUCUUAUACAAAAAUGGUGCUAAUCCAUUUGUAAGAACUACAAAUCCUCAAGUUUUAAUGAUGCUUGAAUGUGAAUCUUUUGCUCAUGGUAGAACUGUUAAUCCCUACAAUAGUAGUUUGACUUGUGGUGGUUCAUCCGGUGGUGAGGGUGCUAUUAAUGGUAUUCAUGCUAGUACUGUUGGUUUAGGUAGUGAUAUUGGUGGAAGUAUCAGAUGUCCUUCUGCUUUUAAUGGUAUUUAUGGUAUGAGAACUACAGUAGGAAGAAUCCCUACAGGUGAUUAUUUCUCUUGUCAAAUUGGUUCAGAAUCAAUCUUAUCAGUUACCGGGCCAUUAACUAGAUCAUUAGGGUUAUUAGAAUUGAUCAUGCAAACCAUUGUUGAAUCUAAACCAUGGUUAAUUGAUCCAAGUUUAAAUUCUCUUGAAUGGAAACCAGUAUCAACUAAAAGAAAAUUCAGACUUGGAAUUUUAUGGAGUGAUGAAGUAGUUAAUCCAUUACCACCAGUUACAAGAGCUUUAAAAAUCGUUAAAGAAAAAUUAUUAAAGUUGGAUAAUAUCGAACUUGUUGAUUUCAAACCUUAUAAUCAUCUUAAGACUUUUGAUAUUCUUGAUAAGCUUUAUUUUGAAGAUGGUGCUCGUGAUGUUAAAAGUACUUUAACAUCCACUGGAGAACCAGCUUGUGAACAAACUGUUUGGGCCAUUGAAAAUGCUGAAGAUUUAGAUAUGCAUGAACAAUGGAAAUGGAAUAUAGAAAAACAAAAGUAUAGAAAACAAUAUUUAAAACAUUGGCAAACAUAUACUAAUAAAGAUGGUGAAGUCCUUGAUGGAGUUAUUGCUCCAGUAUUUCCAAAUGUUGCUGCUGAGCAUAGAACUGCAAAAUAUUGGUUAUACACUUGUCAAUGGAAUUUAUUAGAUUACCCAAUGUUGGUAUUCCCUGUAACUAAAUUGGAUACAAGUUUAGACGUGCCACAAAAGGAUUAUAAACCAUUGAAUGAUUAUGAUAAGUUUCAGCACGAUCUAUAUGAUGAUCCAAAGAAGUUUGCUAAUGCACCAGUAAAUUUAGGCGUAGUAGGCUUAAGAAAUACAGAAGAAAAACUUAUUGCUAUCACCAAGGUUAUCAGUGAAUCUUUAGGUACUUAG